CUUUGCUCCCUUUGCCCAAUCCCGUUCCGUAAGCCCUCACCAUCUCAUCGCCAUUGCUCUCUACGCUACCAAGUACGUCGAGAUCGUCGUCGCGAUAGCAAAAGGCGCAGCUUGAGCAUUGUCAUCACCCGAAGCCCUUGCCUCACCCGCACAACACCACGCAUCCUUAUUCAAACGCGCCCUCCUCAUGGCCCCAACAUCAUCUUCAUCCACGUCGACACCGCGUCGCGCUACAACGCCUCGCAAGUCGACGCCUCGUCGCGCUCGCUCGAGCUCAGUCGCAUCCAAUGUUUCGCGAUCCUCGAGCAAGCCGCCCAGCACGAGGGGAAAGGCAGCAGCCAACAAGAAGGACGGCAGGCCUGCUCUUCCCACCGAAAAGAACCCCAAGCUGCCUGCUGAUCCUGUUCCCGUCAAGCUGCAAAUCAUCCGUCGCGAAGAGAGGGACAUCAUCAUCGGUCGCGUCAAGCUCGACACCGUCAACGGCAAGGACCAUGGCUUCCUCCUCAAGCGCUUCGACACCAACGCCAUUGCCGCAUCGUCGAUGUUCCAGCUCGCCUUCCCUUACGCUGACGGAGCAGCAGAGGCCGCCGAGAUGGCUUACCUCGACCGCAAGUUCGACACUGACCGCGCCAACGGCGGUAUGAUCACCAAGCCUCGCACGCCCAAGCGCGGCCGUCCCAAGAAGAACCCCGCCCCCGAAGAUGAGGCCGACACCAAGGUCCUGCCGGAGGGAAGCACUGGCGUCAGGCUGCAGGGCACUUGGCUCCCCUGCGAGGACGCCGUAGAGAUUGCUGAAGAGUACGGUCUCCUCACCUAUGCGCAGCCUCUCAUCGACGCAAAGGCUGUCCACCUAGAGAAUGGUCCUCAGCUCGUCGGCGCAGACAACGUUGCUGUCUCAACCGCGGCCAAGGGCGGCGAGUCCCCCUCUGCCACGACGCCUAGGAAGCGUCAGCGCACUGCUGCCAAGGCCGAGGACAGCGAGGCGGAUGAGUCAACCUCGACCACUGCCAGCCCCAAGGCCAGUCGUGGCCGCAAGUCCAAAGCUGCCACCAAGGCCGCCGAGAACGGCGAGGGAGUCAUCAAGAGCACCACCACUAAGAUCGCAGCCGCUGCCGGCCUCACGCAGAAGGAAAUCGACGAGCAAAUCAAGAAGAGCAAGGACCUCGCCAAGGACGUCCAAGCCGCAGCAAAGAAGGCCACCACUGGCAGUAGCUCCACCAGCCCGUCCACUCGCGGCCGCAAGCGUCGCGCUUCCAACGAGCGACCGACUGCCGACUUGGACCACCUCGCAGACGACUCGAGCGUCAACUUCGUCUCGCGUCAGGUGCGCCGAGGUACACGCGCUGUCCGCAGGAGGCCAGUCGUCUCUGCCGCGGGCGCUAUGGGGGCUGCGGCUGCUGCUGGGGUUGGGGCCCUGGCUUGGUUCGCGGGAGGAAACGUCGAUGUGGCUCAGUCGCUGCUGCAGCAGGGUCUCACGCAUCUGCAAGGUUUCUUCUUCUGAGCAAGUGGUAGCUUGGAGAAAGGAUUGGUAGUGGGAACGCAAUGCAGGUGACGAUACCCCGGGUAGCCCUGCGAGGCCAUUGAGGAACGUAGUCAACCUCUCCCCCCUUAUCCAUGGGCGCUACAUUCUACCAUCACCUAACGUCCCCACCUCCACGUCACUCCCCUUCUACACCGAAGACUCGAUGACUGAAUCUCCUUUUUCGUUCCUUUUGUUGUCUUUCCUCUGCCUUUGUUCCCGUCAACAGGGUGGUCCGCCGCUCAUCUCUCGGUCUCUCAGCAGCCCAAUGUACUAGCGCCU